UUCGACGGACACAGGCUCACGCACGUGCAUAUAGGUUGUUCAACAUAAUAUACACCGGUAUGAUAUCGAAUCUGAUUUAUUUACAAUUGUCGAUCGAUCGGUCGAUAUCAGAAGACGGAUAAGUGUCUUAGGCUCAAGUGAAUGUCGCUCGCAAAAUGCCAGAAGACGGACCUAGGAGCAGGUGUCUCAGAGUUGCCGCAGACGGACUUCAGCUGGAGUUUUCUAGCAGUUAUUUCAAAGUUGGACAUUAGAAGGUGUGUUCUGGGUGCUGCAGACUGACAUGAGUAGGUGUCUGCUAGGUGCCAAAGAUAGAUAUUAGCGGGUGUUUGCUAGCUGUCACAGACGGAUAUUAGCAGGUGGAUGAUUGUAGGUGCCACAGACGGACAUGACCAGGUGCCUUCUAGGAGCCGCGGACGGAGAUUAGCAGGUGUCUUCUUGGUGCCGUAGGUGUCUACUAGCUGCCACAGAUAGAUAUUAGCAGUCUUCUAACUGCCACGUACGGACAUUAGCAGGUGUUUUCAAACUCCCCCACAGCUCACCAGACGGCGCUAUCCUGCCUCAAUCCGGCAUGGGUGUCCUUAGUCUUCUGACGAUCCCGGAGUUGUCCGUGGCCAUCCCCGUGUUCCUCAUCGCCGUCGUUAUGGUGUUCGUAAUCCAAGCUCUCAUGGACAGGUCGCAGUCCUUCCCGGGGCCAUUUCGACUACCUCUGGUCGGAAACAUCCCGCAACUCGGAAAGCGGACGCACGAAAGUUUAAAGAGGCUCAGCGACACGUAUGGUGACGUCAUGACGAUAUGGUUGGGAGGUCACAAGGCGAUUGUGUUGAGUAGUAUCGACGCCAUGAAAGAUUGUUUUCUGGGACAGGCUGUGACGUUUUCUGGUAGGCCCCAUUUUGAUUCAUUUGACCACGCUUUGGAAUCAGGGGUGACUCCGAUUGCCGUCAAGACGUUAUGUCCUGGACAGCGAUUCCAGCGCAAGACACUCCGCGAAGGCAUCGUCAAGUUUGUCAAUGAUCGGGAUUGUCCAAUUUCUCCAAUGAUUGAAAGCGAGGCGGAGGAAUUGAUAACGAGGCUGAUGGAGAAGACACGUGACGGACUAGACCCCGUGAACCCAGCAGACGAAUUCUACAUGACGGCCACUGCUGUGAUAUACAGACUAGCUUAUGGUGAGUUUGAUCGCUCUAACAUAGGAGAUUUUGCCACGCAUUUGGAGUACACCCGAAACUUGGUAAAAUGGGUCGGGACGUCGAAAAUUGGUGACUUGUUUCCAUGGACGCAGCCUUUUUUUCGUGGACAGCUAACCGAGUUCCUAAAGGCACGUGACACGUACAAGGCCAUCGUGCAUAAAAAGAUUAACCGUCAUUUCGAGGAAUUCGACGAGAACAACAUCCGGGACAUCAUGGAUGACAUCAUCCGUGUCAUGCACAAUACGACGCCAGACCAGAUGGAUGCUCUUGAACACAAGGACCCAGACAUGAUCUGGAUGUCGCUGGCCCUCGUCGCGGCAGGGACGGAGACAACCGGGUCAUCACUAAACUGGGUUCUGGUCUAUCUUCUCAAACACUCGGAACACCUGAAGAAAGUCCAUGCAGAAAUCGACGACGUCAUUGGCAGGGACAGAAACCCCACCGCAGACGAUCGAAAGAAGUUACCAUAUUUGGAUGCGUGUAUUCUUGAGGCGCUUCGGCUGUGUCCACCAAUUCCGCUGGCUAUACCACACGCAGCGACAACGGAUGUGGAAUACAGAGGAAAGAAGAUUCCGAAAGGUUGCAUCGUGUUUUCCAACAUCUACGCCAUUCACCGGAACCCUCAGACCUGGAAGAACCCGGAUGUUUACGACCCGACGCGGUUCCUGAACGCAGACGGCGAAGUCAUCAUCGCCAAACAGGAAAUGGUUGUGCCAUUCGGUCUAGGCAUGCGCAGAUGUUUGGGAGAAACGCUGGCUAGGGCGGAACUUUUUGUGAUUAUUGCCACUUUGCUUCAGAAGUUUGACGUCACGGUAGCUCCUGGAUCCGAGGUUAAUCUGGUUGGGGACGUUGGCCUGACUGUUUGGCCCAAACCAUACCAGGUCAUGCUAAGCCGUCGUCAGAGUGAGUAAAAACUUGUUCGAAUGUGACCAACGACCUCGUCUACGAAAGCCCAGAAGGCUGAUUCCAUAUUUGGUAUUUUGGUGGUGCUGUAUAGGUAAUCGGCAAAGAAAGCAGAUUUAUAAAAUACAACAUUUAUUACAACAUAUAUCUACAUGUAAAUGCAUAAACAAAAGUGCUUUCGGCCGAAAGACAAUAGAUAAAACACUGCUGAAAACAUUUAGAAAAGUAUAAAUACUAUUCACUAGUUACAUGUACUGUGUCGACGUGUUUGAGCCAGACACAGUGAGAGGCACAUGCACAAAUGUAUAUUCUACCUGUAAUAGGCCUUUGUAUAACAGUUUUGCUUUGUCACUUGUUAUAGAAAAUCUCCGGAGCUUUCCUGUGAUUGGCCACUGUAAUUAACACCACAGUGUUGAAUUUCGUGACGUCACUGAUUGCGUCAUAGGCCUGCGUCAGAUAGUUCGCUGCGUGCUUGGUCUCUGCCCAUAUAUGGAGAAUCUGUUUGGACCACUUCUCAAGGGAGGUCUGGGUUGAACGGAUGACCCCUGAAAUAAGAUAAACGGAAAAUAACAAUUAAAGGAGGUUGCGGAUAAUUUGCUUCAUUGUUACAUUACAUUGUUCCUGAUAAAAAAAGCGAGAGAAUUAAAAAAAUUAAAACCCAUAAUUAAGGUUACGAUA